GCUCCGCUAGAGAACACUGGGUGACUGUGUGUCUCAUGCCAGCCAGACAAGACCAUGAGUAUCUUUGUGGCUGAUGGCAGAUAACAUAAAACAGCAACAAACACAAGCAGAGAGACACGGGACAGCAGCAUGCUGAUAGGAGAGGGACUCGUCUGCACAAAGAUCCUCUUUGUGUGACACUCAUGAAGAGGGUUUUUACUUUCUCCUGAGCAUAAAGAGCAGAGAAGGUUCUUGCUCUUUAUGACUACAGCUCACAACAGACAGGACAAUUUAGCAAGAGCUCUCUUUCCUCUUAUGGACAGGACAGGUUUGUUUGGUUGAUGCAGUGCUGUUAUCACAGGUAACACAGAUCAUGGCCGGGAGACAGAUGCUUGUGGUGUGGGUCGCAGCGGUUCUGAUGAGCUCCGGUGUAAUCGCACAGCAGGUGGACAUGAGCAACGCAUCUCUGACAGAGAUUCCUGAAGAUACACCUACAAACAUCACCGAAUGGAUCCUGAGCAACAACUCACUUGUGAUGUCCGCCUCGGAUAUAAACACCUUACAGAAAUAUCAGAGGAUUACUUUGCUAGACCUUUCUUAUAACCUCAUACAGACGCUGCCUCCUGGAGCCUUUGACAAACUCACAAACCUAGAGAUUCUUAAACUGAGAGGAAAUAGAUUGCAAACCCUUGACAUAAACAUCUUUAUAGGACUGAGAAAUCUGAAGAGUUUGGACCUGAAGGAGAACCCAUGGAACUGCUCCUGCUCGCUCACAAGCCUCAUCAAAGAGCUGAACGACUCCGGCGUAUUAAUAGGGAAAGAAGUCACUUGUUACACCCCCCAGAAAACAGCUGUGCUCGAUGGAAACCCUUUCUGCUCAAGUCAAGCCUCAACCGUCAAAACAUCUGUGGAGAAAUCUACAGCUACCACAAUGAAAACCAGAUCAACACCAGCACCAGCGCCCACCACAGAGCCAAGCAACAGCAGCCACGUCAACGGCUCCAGCAAAGGGUUGAUGGCGAGGGAUGGCGAGACACACACAGGAAGCCACAGCUGGAAGUUCCUGCUCGGUGUCGUGGCUCUAACCCUCAGCACGUCCAUGCUCAUUGUAUGCGCUGUCAAAUCUCCCUCAUGGUACAAGCUUCUGUUUAAUUACCGGCACCAGAGGCUCCGUGAGGACGUGGAGCACAGCGUCUUCAAUACCGGACGCUUUUCCAACUUCAGUCUGGACACAGAGCAGACGGACACGAGCGCUCAGGAGCUGGACACUGGACUGAGCUUGCAGCCCUUUGAGGAUGAUGAUGAUGGCUUUAUAGAGGACGGCUACAUUGAGCCGGGAAACUACAGAGAACACGCGGAUGCUGACGAGUCAUGAGCGAGAUCUGUGGCAGGAGAAGGACAGAGGCUGCAAACGGGUGGAAAAAUUAAGCUACGAGCUCUUGCAUUAAACUGUGAGGAUCUGUUUAUUCCAGUGCAGUAGUGCAAUAUGAAAAAUAAUUAAAAUAUGAAACCCAAAGAUCACUGAACUGCAAAUGCAUGAAUCUCAGCAUGUUCAAAAGUUGUGUGCAAAUGCUGUCACUGCACUUUAUCACAAAGUAAUUCACAUUUUUACUUUUUCAAAGCCUGUCAGUGAUGUAUGCAAUAUUUUAUCCCUAAUAUCCUAAAAAUAUCCAGGAUGUGAAUUGAUUGCAUGUAGUUUUUCUGAAGAAUAUGUAGAAUCAUAUAGAAUCAUUUAAAAAGAAGCUCUGGCAUGAUUGAGCUGAAAAGCAGUCGUACUUGUGAGGAGAUCGAGAAACAUUUCGCAGGUCAGCUGCUGCCCUCUUGUGCACAAACUCUGCUAAACCUUUACUUGUGAAGAAA